UAAUUCUCUUUCUCUCCAUGUUUUUCUUCCACUUGGAUGAGAUUUUAAGUAAUAUCCGAAGUAAAUGAUCAGAAAGCUUUGGUGUUUACAAUGAAGGUGGUGGUGGAGAUUUUGACUGGAACCCUUUUCUACAUUCAAGUGGACAAUGAUGCCACGGUUGCAGAUCUUAAGAAAGAGAUUGAGGCACAGCAGAAACUACCUCAAGAUCGUUUGAUCCUGUUUCUCAGCAGCAAACGAAGUCACCUGAUAAAUGAAGAAGGUGAUGGGGCAGCUUUAGUUGAUUGUGGGGUUCAAGAUGGAUCUCAUAUCUACCUCUUCUUCGAUCCGGUUGAUCAUCAUGAUGAAUCUACUGAUCAUUUGGUUUUCACCUGGCCCCAUUCUUUCUUGGAGCAGGCAUAGUUUCUUCAGCGAAAUGCGGUGUCGAAAAGGAGAUGAAAUUUACCAGUCAUGUAUGUUUUUCAUCAAGCAGAUGAAAGAAAAUGCUAAAGAGUACAGUGUAGUUUAAGGAGUUUGUAGCAUAAACUAUGCUGUUGUGUGAAAUAACGACAGCAAAUUGUUAGUUGAUGGAUCAAUAAGGUUUUCUCCUUUCCAAAAUAUGUUCUUAUCAAUAAAGCAACAA